UAUGGAAGGCGAGGCGGCUCGAGUUGCCAGUUUGGCCGCCGCCAUGGCAUAAGACUCGCGCACCUUCUACAUUUAACAAAAGUCAUCCCCCCCCCACUGCCCACCGCCGCCUUUCAUCUGGACCAGCAUCUCGCUCUAGCAUAUACGGCACUGCACCUUGCAAACAUGGCAGCCCAAGUAGCUCAAUCGCCUCUGGUACCAGCCGGUCCCAACGGCACCGACUUGCAAUCCCUCAGCAGCGUUCCCUCCAUCAAACACAUCCUCACAUCCGGUCAACACGAUGCCCUGCCCGACAAGUUGACUCCUUAUUCCGACUUGCCCAAACAGAUUCCUCUUUCAGCACCUACCAUUUGGAAGAGGGAGGAUUAUGAAGGGGAAGAGAACAGAGAGAAAUGGGUCAGGGUUUGGAGCGAAAGGGAAAUCGAGGCGCUCGAAAAGGCUUCCGUUGCCUGGAGAGAUAGCGGAAAGAGCUUGACGGAGAUCGAGCGAGCCAGCUUUGUGCUGCCCGACUGGCUCGCGGCCGAUCUGACCGCUAUUCGAUACCGCAUCCUGCACGGCGUCGGUUUUUACCUCUUCAAAGGUCUGCCCGUUCAGCGUUGGGGCAUCGAGCUCACCGCUAUCGCCUAUCUGGGCAUCGGUACUCAUCUGGGCAACACUGUCAGUCAGAACAACAAGGGCCACUUUUUGGGCCACGUCAAGAGCCUAGAUGGCGCUGAUCCUACCAAGAUCGACAAGGUUCGCAUUUACAAGACUACUGCGCGUCAAUUCUUCCACACGGAUUCUUCGGGCGGUCUAGUAGGUCUUUGUUGCCUCCAGACGGCUCAAGAAGGAGGAGAGUCGGACAUCGUAUCUUCUCAAGCCAUCUGGAACGACUUGCAAGCCAAUCGUCCGGACGUGGCCGAAACGCUAGCCUCGAACAUUUGGUAUUUCGAUCGCAAAGGCGAGCAGAGCAAGGGCGAGCGACCCUUUUACGUUCAGCCGAUUUUCAGUCUGGUAAGAGGACAACCGAUCGAACGUCUUUCUGCCCGAUUCGAUCCGUACUACAUCAAGUCUGUGCAAAGGCACGUCGAUGCGGGCCUGAUGCCGCCUGUGAGCGAGGAGCAAAAAGAGGCGAUGCAGGUGCUGGAAGAGACGGCCAACAAGCUGGCUCUGCAUAUGGAAUUGGAGGUUGGAGAUGUGCAAUUGGUCAGCGAUCAGCAUGUAUUCCAUGCCAGGACUGCCUACGUCGACAGGGCCCCGCCAGAACCAAGAAGGCACCUGCUUCGUCUUUGGCUCUCCACCCCCUCUAGCGAAGGAGGAUGGGAAUUGCCAACGAUUCACAGCAAUCAUCCUAGACGUGGAGGUAUUCAGGUAGACGAUCAAAUCGCUACCUGUCCGCUCGACGCCGAGUAGUCGAUGGACCAAAGCUCCUCACAAAGCUGUGCGCGAUGCCGAAAUGCAGCAAUAACAAUCAAAUAAACCCCAUAUUUCCGGAAGAUGCGAAGCGGUACAAAUAUCAGCGAGUGCUUAUUGAUCUGAGGCGGACUAGGGUGGGAAAGGACGCUUUAGCGGACAUGCGAAUGGUACGGGGGACCAGGGAGCAGCAAGCGAGAUACAGCAGACAAGUGGCGAAAUGCGAUAAACG